AAGUCAACUAGAACACAGUAUUUGUGAGAGGAGACAAUAAAGCAUACAUAUAAUCAAAAAGGUUAGCGAAACCCAGAUCCUCUCAGUUUGUAGAAGCGAAUGGAGAGAGAGUUAACCGGCCGGUUGUUCACAACUCCCGGCAUUUAGAAAAAGAGGGAGAGAGACGUACGGUGAUGGGUGCGACUGGGUCGAAACUGGAGAAGGCUCUGGGGGAGCAAUUCCCUGAAGGGGAACGCUACUUUGGUCUCGAGAACUUCGGCAACACUUGCUAUUGCAACAGCGUUUUGCAGGCUCUUUACUUCUGCGUUCCGUUUCGUGAGCAGUUGCUAGAAUAUUAUGCUAAAAACAAGAAUCUGGGGGAUCCAGAAGAGAAUCUUCUUACAUGUUUGGCUGAUCUAUUCACACAGAUAAGCUCUCAGAAAAAGAAAACAGGGGUAAUUGCUCCUAAACGCUUUGUACAAAGAGUGAGGAAACAAAAUGAGCUUUUCCGCAGCUACAUGCAUCAGGAUGCCCAUGAAUUUUUGAAUUACUUGUUAAAUGAACUUGUUGACAUAUUGGAGAAAGAGUCUCAUGUUGCAAAAACUCUACCAGAUGAGUCUUUACCUUCUGGACAAACUGCAAAUGGACCAAGGAAUGCUCCAACCAAUGGUGUUCAAAAGGAGCCUUUAGUUACUUGGGUUCACAAAAAUUUUCAGGGUUUAUUAACCAAUGAAACAAGGUGCCUAAGAUGUGAAACAGUCACAGCAAGGGAUGAAACAUUCUUAGAUUUAAGCCUUGAUAUUGAGCAGAACAGUUCAAUUACAAGCUGCCUCAAAAAUUUCAGUUCUACAGAAACUUUAAAUGCUGAGGAUAAAUUCUUUUGUGACAAGUGCUGCAGUUUGCAAGAAGCCCAGAAGAGGAUGAAGAUAAAGAAGCCACCUCACAUCCUGGUUAUUCAUCUGAAACGUUUCAAGUAUAUGGAGCAGCUUGGCCGGCACAAGAAGCUGUCAUACCGUGUUGUCUUUCCUCUGGAGCUCAAACUAGCUAACUCCAUGGAGGAUGUGGACUCCGAGUAUACCUUAUUUGCUGUUGUUGUUCAUGUGGGAAGUGGUCCCAACCAUGGGCACUACGUCAGCCUUGUGAAGAGCCACAACCACUGGUUGUUCUUUGAUGAUGAAAAUGUUGAGAUGAUUGAUGAGUCUGCAGUUCAGACUUUCUUCGGAUCCGCUCAAGAGUAUUCCAGUAAUACAGAUCAUGGAUACAUACUGUUUUAUGAGAGCCUUGCUGCUAAUGGCAAGGGCUGAAGUGAGCAUUCUUUUCUAAUGAUGUUUCUUAAUAGAAGUGGGUAUUUUCAACCUCUACUUGUUUCCUUCUUCAUAGCAUGUGGGUUUAGUGCCCAAGUCUUGAAAAGUUUCCCAUGUACAGUGGAUGGUAAAAGUGCACCAUACUUGUGUUCGUUUUUGGCAAUAAAAGGACGUUAAAUGAUGACAGAA